AUGGCUCCUCUUUAUCUUCCCCCCUCUCUCUCUCCAUCCAUCCUCCCUUGCGUCUCUUGCCUUCAGGUGGCGGGUCUACCUGAGCCGCUGGAACUGCCAGUGGUGGCUGACGUCAUCAUGGUCCUGGCCUCCGUUGCUCAGUCCCGGUCGACAGGCGUGUAUGUGGAUUUCAGUGGGGAUGCGUCUGUUGCAUGCGAGAACGUGCGACAGGCAACAGCAUUCGGGCUGAGCAGUGUGGUGGUGGGGGCGCACAUACCAGAGGAUGAGCUCAGCGGUCUCUACGAGUUCUGCGACAAGGCAUCCAUGGGAUGCAUCAUCGCCCCCACCCUCAGCAUCCUCUCCAUCCUCUUGGAACGAGCUGCCACCCAGUUCGCCUUCCAUUGCUCCCACGCGCACAUCGUCGAGUCACGUGCAGAGCUGACACAGGCGCCAUCAGAAGAUGCUGUCAGGCUGGCCCAGCAGCUGUCGCAAGUGGGGCGCACAUUCAACGGCAACGAUACGUCUGAUGAACCAGCUCGGGGCCUGCUUAUGGAGGAGGGGGUGAGGGUGCACAGCAUGCAGCAGCCAGGGCUGCUGCAGAGCACUGAUGUGCGGUUUGGGAGCAACGGACAGACGGCAUCACUCCGCCUGGACAUCACAUCACAUGCAGCGUACAUACCUGGUCUACUGCUCGCCAUCAGACGAGCUCCCAGGUUGAAGGGUCUCGUGUUUGGACUGGAAAAGCUCUUGUGA